AUGUUAUUGAAUAGUUUUUUUAAAUUAAAACCAUCUUCUUACUAUUGUAUAACUACGACUACUACUAAAAGCUUGGUCUAUUUUAAUCGAAAACAACUUUGUUUAAAAAAUAAUAAUAAUUACAGACUUGGUUCAACAUGCUGUCAUAAAAAAGAAAGCCCUAAUGAAAUAAAAUUAUCUCCAAUAAGUCUCGAAUUUUGGUCACAUCCUGAUACUUGGCAGCGUACAAGAAUAAAUACUUUAAGAUGUCUUAUUGGAUGUACUUCAGGUGAUUUUGCUACAAUGUGGUACCUUCAAUAUUAUUAUCCGGAUACAUCACCUAUAUAUAGUACUGCAGCAGCAAUGGUAGCAGGAAUAUCAACUUCACUUGCAUUAGAAACAGUAUUAUUGAAAAAAUCCAUGUCUAUACCUUACCCAGUAGCAUUCAAGACAGCUAUGGGCAUGAGUUUCGUUUCCAUGUUGGUAAUGGAAUUAUCAGAAAAUCUAAUGGAUUGGCAUUUGAUGGGAGGACAAGUUUUAUUCGAUGAUCCAAAGUUUUGGUUAGCUGGUAUAGCCAGUACAAUAACUGGUUUUAUAGUACCAUUACCUUAUAAUUAUUGGAGACUUAGAGCUUUGGGUAAAUCGUGCCAUUAA